ACGCAAUUCAGCCAUAAUACAUUUGCGAGACCGUGGCCUUCUACCGAAUUAUCUUCCACCGUCCACGGCGUUUACUUUCCUUGGCGAUAUAAAUUCGACUCCAGCAAUUACGUAUAGGCCCCCAACACUUAUCAUAAUUUCCGUUACUGCCAGGAGCUGA